AUGGCGUUUAACUUAGCCGCUUUUUCGUACAUAGUGUCACUAAUUGGCGAUGCUUUCCUCAUAUUUUUCGCAAUUUUUCACGUUAUCGCAUUUGAUGAGCUUAAAACAGAAUUUAAAGAUCCUAUUGAUCAAUGUAACAGCUUAAACCCACUUGUACUUCCAGAAUAUGCGAUCCAUCUCAUUAUGAAUGUGUUGUUCCUGAUUAGUGGUCAGUGGUUUGCUCUUAUUUUUAAUGUUCCAUUGAUUGCCUAUCACAUAAACAGGUAUAGAACCAGGCCAGUAAUGACCAGUCCUGGCUUAUAUGAUCCUACAAGUAUCAUGAACAUGAACGACCUAAAUAAGUGCCAACGAGAAGGAUGGGUUAAGCUGGCAUUUUAUCUUCUCUCAUUCUUCUACUAUUUAUAUGGGAUGAUCAGCUCGCUGAUUAAUGCAUGAAUAAAUUUCUUUAAAUGUCGUUAAAGACAAGACUGCGUUACCAAUUGAAAAAAUCACAACUCAAACUUUCCCCUUAUUUAUGAAGAAAUCGUUUUUGUUUUAACUUGUAAAUAUCACUGGUAUGUCUUAUUUUUCUAUUACUUUAAAAUAUUUGUUGUUGGGCUUAAUGUGUUUUAAAAAAUGUAUUUAUUGCCCUUCAUGAAGAACUGAUAAUUCAUCAUUU